AAACUCGCUGGCCCGGAAGUGACGGAUGAGGACCAAGAUGGCGGACCUCGAGUCACUUGAGAAGUUAGCAGGGGUCUCCCAGCCAUCAGAGGGGGUGGGGGGAGCCCGCUGCUCCGAAAUCUCCACCGACCUUAUUCGAUCCCUGACUGAGCUGCAGGAGCUGGAAGCUGUGUACGAACGGCUCUGCGGCGAGGAGAAAGUGGUGGAAAGAGAGCUGGAUGCUCUUUUGGAACAACAGAACACCAUUGAAAGUAAGAUGGUCACUCUCCACCGGAUGGGGCCCAACCUGCAGUUGAUUGAGGGAGAUGCAAAGCAGCUGGCUGGAAUGAUCACCUUCACCUGCAACCUGGCUGAGAAUGUGUCCAGCAAAGUCCGUCAGCUUGACCUGGCCAAGAACCGUCUCUAUCAGGCCAUUCAAAGAGCUGAUGACAUCUUAGACCUGAAGUUCUGCAUGGAUGGAGUCCAGAGUGCACUGAGGAAUGAAGACUAUGAGCAGGCUGCAGCCCACAUUCAUCGCUACCUGUGCCUGGACAAGUCAGUCAUUGAGCUCAGCCGGCAGGGCAAGGAAGGUGGCCAAUAAAGCUGAGGAGAACCUCCUCCUGGUGCUGGGGUCAGACAUGAGUGACAGACGAGCUGCAGUCAUCUUCGCAGACACACUCACGCUCCUGUUUGAAGGGAUUGCCCGCAUCGUGGAGACCCACCAACCCAUAGUGGAGACCUAUUAUGGACCAGGAAGACUUUACACCCUGAUCAAAUAUCUUCAAAUAGAGUGUGACAGACAGGUGGAGAAGGUGGUAGACAAGUUCACCAAGCAAAGGGAUUACCAGCAGCAGUUCCGGCUUGUCCAGAAUAAUUUGAGAAAUUCUGCACCAGAAAAAAUCGAACCAAGGGAGCUGGACCCCAUCCUGACUGAGGUCACCCUGAUGAAUGCCCGUAGUGAGCUGUACUUGCGCUUCCUCAGGAAAAGGAUCAGCUCGGAUUUUGAGGUGGGAGACUCCAUGGCCUCAGAAGAAGUGAAGCAAGAGCACCAGAAGUGUCUGGACAAACUCCUCAAUAACUGCCUGUUGAGCUGUACCAUGCAGGAGCUAAUUGGCUACUAUAUUACCAUGGAGGAGUACUUCAUGAGGGAGACUGUCAAUAAGGCAGUAGCUCUGGACACCUAUGAGAAGGGCCAGUUGACCUCCAGCAUGGUGGAUGACGUUUUCUACAUUGUGAAGAAGUGCAUCGGGCGGGCUCUGUCCAGCUCCAGCAUUGACUGUCUCUGCGCCAUGAUCAACCUCGCCACCAGAGAGCUGGAGGCUGAUUUCAGGGGCGUUCUGUCCAACAAGCUGAGGAUGGGCUUCCCGGCCACCACCUUGCAGGACAUCCAGCGCGGGGUGACAAGCGCCGUGAACAUCAUGCACAGCAGCCUCCAGCAGGGCAAAUUUGACACAAAAGGCAUUGAGAGCACUGAUGAGGCCAAGCUGUCCUUCCUGGUGACUCUGAACAAUGUGGAAGUCUGCAGUGAAAACAUCUCCACUCUGAAGAAGACUCUGGAGAGUGACUGCACCAAACUGUUUAGUCAGGGCAUUGGAGGGGAGCAGGCCCAAGCCAAGUUUGAUAGCUGCCUUUCUGAUCUGGCUGCUGUGUCCAACAAGUUCCGAGACCUCUUGCAGGAAGGGCUGGCGGAGCUCAACAGCACAGCAGUGAAGCCCCAGGUGCAGCCGUGGAUCAACACCUUUCUCUCCGUCUCCCACAACAUCGAGGAGGAAGAAUUCAACGAUUACGAGGCCAAUGACCCUUGGGUACAACAGUUCAUUCUUAACCUGGAGCAGCAAAUGUCAGAGUUCAAGGCCAGCCUGUCCCCAGUCAUCUAUGACAGCCUGACCAGCCUCCUGACCAGCCUUGUUGCCGUUGAGUUAGAGAAAGUGGUGCUGAAAUCUUCCUUCAACCGGCUGGGCGGGCUGCAGUUUGACAAGGAGCUGAGGUCGCUCAUUGCCUACCUCACCACGGUGACAACCUGGACCAUCCGAGACAAGUUUGCCCGGCUCUCCCAGAUGGCCACGAUCCUAAAUCUGGAGCGGGUGACUGAGAUCCUAGAUUACUGGGGUGCCAACUCGGGCCCACUGACGUGGCGCCUCACCCCUGCUGAAGUACGCCAGGUGCUGGCUUUGCGCAUCGAUUUCCGGCAUGAGGACAUCAAGCGGCUGCGCCUGUAGGCACCAGGCAGGAAACUCACUCCACGUUGGACUCACUCUACGACCCUCAGACCUAGCUGGUAUGCUUCAGGAGAAGCCUUUGCCCUCCAAGAGAUGGGGAAAACCAAAGCAGGCAGUGUGCGGGCCAGGCCAGCCUUCCACGUGGGCAGUCAUUUUCUGGCCCCAAACUGCAGCAAACAUGCUGCCCCUGCCAGGCCCCGAGGACCUAGGUGCAUGUGGGGACCUGGGAAUUAGAUCUGACGUUGAAGACAGGCUGUGAUGUUUAUGAGUAAACGUCAGAAUAAAGACACUGCUGGGAAGAUGCCAGUGUGCGGUUCGAGGGAGGGCAGGCUGCGCUGGGGCAGGACAGGUCCACAGUCACACUGAAAUGUGAAACCAGACGCCCAAGCCUCAGCCUCCUCCCACACCUCCCAGCUACUCCGGACCCUCAUCCAGUCCUGGCCCCUCCCUUCCCUCAUGGGUCCACAGCACCACGAGCUGGUCAUCCCAGCGACCGUUUCCCACAGUGCCAGGAGAUGUAGGAAUUUCUCCUGGCAAAAAUAAAAGCUUUGGGAGUACAA